AUGGAAUUAGCAAAAAGUGCAGAAAAGGCUUGGGCUAGAACUCCUCUUUGGAAGAUAGCAGAGCUCCUUCACAAGGCAGCUGCUAUCCUGAAAGAGCACAAGGCUCCAAAUGCUGAGUGCCUGGUGAAAGAAAUUGCAAAACUAGCUAAAGAUGCAUUCUCUGAGGUUGUGAGAUCUGGAGAUCUUAUUUCUUAUACAGCAGAAGAGGGAGUAAGAAUUCUUGGAGAGGGCAAGUUUUUGGUUUCUGAUAGUUUUCCUGGAAAUGAGAGGACAAAGUAUUGCCUCACUUCUAAGUGUAUGGAUAUAAAAUGGCAUUUUGAUCCAAUUGGUCGGAUCUUGACUUAUGGCUAUUUUUCUAGGGACUACCCGGAGAGUUGCCCUAUUAUACUACCACGAGUAUUAGGUACUGUUAUUCUCGGUGCUGUUGCCGCAAAAUAUGCUGGUCUCAGUGAGGCCAUGAUGGCCCUGAAUGCGGCUGGUCAGGGAUGCAUGAGCUCUUGUUUCUAA